AAAUAGACCAAUUCUAUGUUGCCUUAUGGAGAUCAUGCACAAGGAAAAUUCCUUCAACGGAUAUUCCCAGAAAAUCGAUUUCCACAUUCAAAGAGAUAAACCCUAAGCCCCAUCGAUUCUCCCAUUUUCUCAUCAUCCAAGCAAGAAGAUGACUGGUGUUAACACAGUUUCUGCUGAUAUCGAUGAGAGUAAAGUCAAAGCGCCAAACAUGUUUGAACGAGCAAAAGAGGAGUUCGAGGCUGUUAUUGGAGCUAUCCAUCAACACAAGAGCUCGAGGGACGAAUCUGAUAAGAUGGAAUUCAAAUCCGAGAAAUCAGAGGAUGGAAAGAAAAAACCGAAUAUGAUAAGAAAAGCAAAGGAAGAGAUCAAAUCUUUAUUCCAUUCCAAGGAGAAACCUCAUCGUCAUUUCCAACAUCACAAAGAAACUCAUGGGAAGAGUGAUGACAUCGAUGAGAACACGCCGGUGGAUGAAGUGAAGGCUCCCGAUGUUUUCGAGAGAGCCAAGGAAGAGAUCGAGGCCGUCAUCGACACCAUCCAUCCCAAGAAGAAAGAGACUGACGACGGUUCUGAUUCUCCAUUGCGUCCUGACUCAUCUAAGAGUUCUGAAUCGCCUUUGCGUGCCCGGCCUGUCUCACCAGAGAAGGAGAAAGCUGGAUUCGGAUGCUCUCUUGGAAAGGGCCUGGAAAAGAUUUGUGCUCCUUGGAGUGAUGAUAAAAAAGAUUGAAUUAUAUAUUAUUCAUGUGACUGAUGAUCGCGAACUUCUUUGUCAUAUGAUAUUAUUUUGGUUUUUAGUUUCAGUGAGUUUGUUGAUUUGUAGGUACUAAAAAUGGUUACCUUUAACAGACUUAAACUUGUUCUUUCCAUAUUCUUAAAAAAACUUCAGUGCCUUUUGA